UGUAAACAUAUUUAGAAAAGCUUCCUUAGUUCUAUUUUUUUUGUUAUUUUAUUUUAUUUUAUUUUUUUUUUAUGUACUAAAUCAAUAUACUUAAGUAAAGUGUGAAAAUCAUGCUCAACCGACUACAUAAUACUCGUUCAUGGGCCCAAAAUUAUGUUUUCUGAUUUGACACAUCUUAAUGGGCAAUCAAUAUGCCUAGGUGUAAAAUCACUCAACCAAGAUGUCAAGAAUCGAAUUAACUGAAAUGAAAAGAAUGAUUUUAUAGCUAUAAACUUCAAACUUUUAUGUGUCGCGUGUUUUUUAUACAUACAGACAGAUGGACGAACAUGGCAGAAAACCAACCAACUCUCGUUUCACUUUCAGAAUGAGCGUGAAAAAGCAUUGUUUAGCAAAUGGCAGAAAUCAUACGCACCAUGGUCAGGCCGUUUGCCAAAAACUUUAGUCAAUGCGUAAGCAAAAAAUACGAGCAUUGAGGUCAAGGAUAUUCAUGCCACAAGCAGGCAUUCGCUGUGACCCAGCUGGCGGGAUGGCUGGCUGGCUGGCUGGUUGACUGGCUGAAAAGGAGGUUAAGUUAAAUUGGGGGCAAAUUAAAAGGGAGUUAGAUUUGCGGCCUGGAAUUCCCCUUUUGCAUAUUACGUAUACAUAACUAUAUUCGUAAAUGGAACACGCUUGUGCCGGUAAUUGGAUAUUUCACAGAUUUGGGCUUGGUCAAUUGUUCACUUCUCGGCAAUUGAUAUUAAUUUAUUGGCUGUGCUUUUUAAAUCGGCAUCGCGUGAAAACAUUUGUGCGCCCAGAAAUUAGCAUGAAUAAGCUAUAUUGCUUGUUGCUGUUGCUAUUGCAGUUGCUGUUGCUGUUGCAGUUGCUGUUGCUUUUCCAGUUGCUUUGCUGUUGCUGCUUCUUGUGUUGGACUGCACCCAGUGCAAGGUGCAGCUCCGAAUAAUAGAAAUUAGAUUGAAAGCCUGGUCAGGCUAAGCUGGGCCAUGCCAAAAUAUGAUUCUGGGUUUGGUAUCCUGCUGAUUAAGGUCAGCAAAGCGAUUACAUUGACUCAGCCAAGGAAACCCAGCCCAACAAAACCUUUCCGCCCCUAAUGAGUGACCAACAAUUACAAAAACUAUUCGAGAAUUGCAAUGGCCAAGCAUAAUUUAUUGGAGAAUCAUCUGAGAAAUAUAUUUAGAAGUAGGUCUAAAUUCAAGUAUGAUUCAAGUAGACCUGUAAAAUUGUAUAUAUUAAUUUGUUGAAUUUCUAAAAAAAACAAGCAAAUUCCUGCUAGCUUAGCUUGAGAAAUUUAGCGACCUUGGGCAGAAACCCAGAAGAGCUCUCUACGCUUAAGCCUCUGCACAAUGCCGGCUUUCUCUAAAGAGGCACGCAGUUGCAAUUGAAAAGCCGAAAAAAAGGAAAAUCAAAACAACAACAAAAAAACUAAAUUCAAAUCUAUAGCCAUAGAAUGUCAGUCUAACAACAACAAACACAACAAACAGUGGCAAGUUUUCAUGUCCAAGGCGUAUUUAUGUCAACCGGAAGUAGGUUUACUGACCCACGUAUACGUUUCAAUACGACGGACAGCCGAAGACUUCGUCCGUUAAAGCACACUUCGGCUGCCCAAUAGAGGCGACUACUGCUGGACAUAUCUGAAACUGGCUGCCUUACCUUAGCUUAGCUGCUUGUCCAGGUGGCAUACGAAGACGACGAACAACGACAACGACAACUCGUACUAUAAGAAGGCAUUUUCUUUCAACGUUUUAGUUUUCCAACGAACGGCAAGUGCAUCGGAUCGAUGCGAAAAGCGCGUUGUGCUGACUCCUUAAUUCGAUUUAAAUAAUUAAUUAAGAACUAUGGCACAUCUUCCAGGCAGCUCACAUUGAAAUAAUACGGAGUUCAUCCUGUGCCACCUUAGCGUUUACCUUCAAGGAGUUCUUGCAGAGAGAACAGCACCAAUGAUUAAUCAUGCAGCAAACAUUAUCAUAUUCAUCAUCACCUUCACCAACUCUCAUCUCGGCAAUAGCUCAGCCAAACAUCAGAUCGCCCACGUCGGACACGGACACAGCGACAGGCACAGCCCCAGCUACAGCUACCGUCACGACCAUAGCUACGCCUGCUAUAAUCUCUGUCGACUAUAGCUACGAUCGGAAUAGCAUAAUGUCGCCAUCAGCUCAUAGCAAUGUCAGCCAUACAGCCAAGCGGGAUCGGCGCGGAUCAGAGAUUACCUCGGAAACGCUCUAUAUGGAGAAGGGUUCAGCGAAUAUUCAGCCCUAUAGCAGUUUGUUUGGCGAUCCAGUGCCCCCACCGCAGCCAGAAGAUUACUUUGGCACUGCAGCCUUUGAGACGAUACGGGCAGGAUCUAUAGAAAUACCCAGUUCCGAGGAGGAUACUCUUGUGGCUGCCGUUGCCCUCAACACGCUCAUGGGCCAGGAGAAUCGGCGAAGACUCUUCUCGGAAGUGCCCUAUAGCACCCUAAGAGCACAGUCUCAACCCAUACCACGACUGCAACCGCCUGACAUACAAAUACUGCCCAAUUCGAGCGGAGGCUCCAGCUCCGAGCAGCUCGAUUCACCGAAUUUUAUGCUUCUCACACCGCAGGACAUAGUCAAUAAGCCAGAUGUAUACGAUUGUGAGUACGAACAGGCCACACAGGCUACGGAGCACACUUUCGAGGAUCAGGAAACACAGACUGGAAAUAGGACAAUAUCGGAGCUGGAUUGGUAUCGUCCAACGCCACAGCAUUUCGCAGAGUUCAGCCGGAUACCCAAGCUGCGACCCAGUUCGAAGAUGGUGAUGUCCAUGAAGCACGAGGAGAUGCCUCUAUCUCCACUAGCCACCAUGCUGCAAGACUCAAACGGUUCGAGCAGCAGUGGGGAAGAGCAACUGCUGAACACUGAAGCACAACAAAUGCCAGUCAGAAGCGCGACACCCACGAUGGACAGAAAUCUCAUACUCUCGCCAAAGCAAUAUCUGCAGCAGCAAAGGGAACUACUACUCAGUGAGCGGCAGCUGCUUGAGAGCAUGCGGACUUAUGGCUUGGAGAAACCGCAAACACCCAGACUGCAGCAAAGUCAGCUACCAGAGUCCAGCACUGAAAUGGAGGAGCAGACGCAAUCACAGAUUUUGUCGCCCGUCGUCAUGAAGGAGUCGAUUGCAACGGGCGGUGAAUAUCGUGUGGGUGACACACGGCUGCAUAAGAAGUCUGCCUUCACCAUACUCUCGGUGCGCUCACCCAAAUCGUCGUUGGGUCACAGUCCAAGUGCCACGCCUGUGACUCAACGGCAAACAGCGAUCAGCAGGCAUCCCUCGCUACAGUCAACCACUACCUCGUCGAAUGCAGCUCAGCCACAGCCACAGCUGAGGCCGCGUCGCAAGUCGCUGACGGCCUCCCGCUUGCCGCAAUUGCCAGUUAGCAGUCAGCCGCUUAAUGAUGAUUCCCCACGGCCCUCUGUCCAAUUCAAUAUGAGCGGACGUUACAGUCCAAGCAAACUGGCCAUGCCCACCAAGGGCAUAUUGCAGCAGAGGGAUUCGUUGACCUCGUCGGUGGAUACGUAUACGCCGCGUGCUCAGAGACGCGAUUCCAUUGGUAUGACCUCAUCUCCAUUUGGUCAGCGCAUCAAAAGUCUGGAAUCGUUGCCCCUCAUUUCGCAGCCCUAUCGCAGCGCCAUACCUCGAUUGCAUAGCUCCUCCAUGGAGCUGGACAAGGAGACUAGCCGUUUCCGGAGAUCCUCAAUGGAAAUGGAAAAGGAGACAUCAGUAAUACCACCGGGCACAUUGCCGCGUCCUUUAAAGCCAAACCCGAAUCCUACACGUAAGCAGCGUGGAUUGCUUGGAGUGAUCAACAAGUCCAUAGAUGAGGACUGCCCCGGUCAACCAGCUCGUUCGAAUUGGCUGAGUUUGGAUGAUCUAACAAUGGGCACACAGUUGCCCAAGUCCACGUUCGAUCCCAUGCGCAUCCAGGCAAGACGGCGUUCUAGCUCUACGUCACCCGAGCGACGCAGUUCCACGCAAACUGCUUCAGAUCGCCGCAGCUCAAAUCUGAGCAGCAUCACCACCUCCGAUUUUAGUUUCCGCCGAUCCUCGACACUUUCAACACUGCCAGCAACAACCAAAGCAGGAAUGCAACGCCGCAAAUCAGUUUAUCAGCCCGCUAGCAAGCUGAAGAGUCCUCGACGACAGCCCUUUCCGAGCAAGGACUCAAAGCGCGCCAAGAUAGUCAAACCAAGUACUCUGUCACCCAUUAUAGGCACACCGAACAAGGAUAGCGGCAAGGAUAGUCCGCUGCAUGGCGAUGCCUACGAGGCCGCUCACAGAGAUACACCAUCCGACCUAUCGAUGCGCCGUGAUUCUGUAUCACGCAUACCUGUACGCAGUCGCCAGGAUUCAUAUCCAAACAGUCGUUCCAACUCGCCACUCAAGGACUUUGCCAAUUUGUCCAGCCUGUCCGGCAGGAACUCACGAGCCAGCAACAGUCGUUCACCAUCGCAGACCACGAUUCGCAGUAGCUUUGACAACCAGGCUCAACUCGACAGCAGAUUGACGCCUACGCGCUUUAGUAGCAGUCGCCCCGUCUCUAGAGGUCCACCCUCUAGACCUAGCUCCCGCAUGGCUCAAGCAAAGGAUAGCUUGCAAGCCAACUCCAGGGCCAACUCGCGAGCCGACUCCCGAGCUAACUCUCGAGCCAACUCGAGGGCAGAUUCACGAGCCAACUCACGGGCAGAGUCACUGGCCAACUCUCGAGCUAACUCCCGUUUGAGCGUGCGUUCAUCCAUACGUUCCACGAGCAUUUCACCAUCGACAGCAACGCGCAAUGGUCGUCAAACUAAAAUUUCACCCAAUCGCAGAAAAUCUGUUUCCACAAGUCCCAAGGGUUUGCCGCCGAAGGGCAUGCUUGGACGUAGAAUGACCCUGAGUCCUGCGGUCAAGCAGGGUAAGUCGACGCCAAAGCUCGAGCGUAAGGAAAGCCCCCUCAGCAGUAAACGUAGAAGUUCUCGCUCUCUUAUACCAACAAGUGUGCGUAGAUCUGUGUCCAAAUCCAGUUCUCCAGCCAAGAAAUCGACGGACAAACCCUCAGAUAAGUCUGCAACGCCCAAGAGCAGGAGGCCUACACAAAUCUUGUCUAAGCCGAGCCCCAAGGAGAAAUCCAACAAAGCAGAAAGUGCCAAAAAGAAAAACACCGCAAUAAUCAAACCUGAGUUCAAUCUUAAGCGAAACGGAAGUAAGAUUCUCGCGAAAGCCACGCCCAAAAGCAGCCAAGCAAAUAAGCCAAACAAAACUCCAACAAAGCAGCAAAAACAGGGGGCUGGACAAAAGAAUGGUAAAGCAGAUAAGCCAACUAGCAAAGCUAAUGGAGCUACUGGCCUACCCAAGCCCCAAGUCCGUGAAGCAGCUCAGCAAAAAAACAAUAGCAAACCUAACGGAAGUCCAGCCACUAAAACCAAGCAAAAGGAAUCGCCAGAGAAACUGGAGACAACUGCUGCUGCUGCUGCUACUCCUGCUGCUACUGCUGUUGCUGCUUCUAAGGAAACUACGGAAGAUAGCAUAAAUCCCUUGGCCAUCCAUGUGGGUAAUGCGGUGAAUGUAGCUGCAGAAGCUUUGCCCGCAGUUCGUAACGAGGUGAAUGCCAAAACAGGAGCUGUCAAGCGUCAAACUUCCAACAUGUCCAACUUGGUGCGCAUGAGCUCACGUCUCAGUUUGGUAAGCAACAAGAAGCGAUCCGACUCCGCACAGAAUCGCAAAGUGGCAACGGUUCCAGAACAGGCUCAAGAAGGUGAAGUAUCCAACCGGCAGCCUACACCACAAUCUGGCGACAGCUUAGACCCGGCUGCAACAAGUUCUGAGGCUAUGGACGGCACCACCGAAGCUCAGAAAACGGUUAAUGAACAUUUAAUUGACCAGAAAACCCAUGAAAAUGAAUCAGGACUUGCCCCAAUUACUACUGCCUCGCCCACACCCAGUGGCGUCACAAUGCUGGCCAAGGCCCAUGAUAGCGCUCCUCGGCUGGACACAGCCGAUGGUAGCAAUGCCCAGCGCAGCUCCCCCGCCGAGUUACAAAAAUCCCCCCUACCGCCCACACAACCCAUUGAGGCAUCGAUAUCGGUGCUGAAUGCCCUGGAAUCAGAUGCAGCAAGCGCUCAGCUUAGUGCUGUCCCAGAAGCCGAAAACGAAAGAGCCAAUCCUCAAGAUGAUCACGCUAAGAACUUGGAGCACCCAACAACGACAGCUGGACUCGGUGACGACUUUCCAGUAGAUGACAAACGACUCUCGCCCGAUGGCCAGGGUUCGACUGUGGGCAGUGGGGGAAUUGCCAAGUGCUACCUAAGCAUGUUGACCAAGAAGAAAAAGAACUCGGUUGUCUUUCACAUUGAUCUGCCGCAGAAUUCGUUAAUCGAACCGGAUAAAUAUUUAUUUAGAACUGGCAGUCAGGAGUUCCUAAAGGAUGAUGUGGGCAAGGCUGGCUGCUGCCGCUGCUGCACCACGCUUUGCAUGCGUUUUCGCCGCUCUCGCUGCAUGCGCUGCUGCGGACUGCGCAAGGACCGCCUGCAAGAUGCUGCCGAUGAGCAGCAGCCUGUGCUCGCGAGCAGUCGGAGCAGCGCCUCGACAACAACCCAGCUGGAGAUAGUUGAUGAGACGAAGAAGAAGUCUCGCUGUUGGCCCACAUCCAAUUGCUGCAAAAGUUGUCGCAAAAAGCCAAAGUCCACUGAGAUCGCAGAGGAGAAACAGACCAAAAUGAGCGUGGAGCCAAUGCACAAAUCCACAUCAAGCCAUCAACCAAAGCACCAGAGUAAAUGUGGCAUGUGCUUGCGCAAGGUUUUCUGCUGUCGAUCCGUCAAUAAAGUUGAUCCCAUAACGGGCGACGAGACGGAGCUGAGCAAAUGCUGCUUCUGUAUACCCUGUAGACGCAAAAGUGCCGCCGUUGCAGCGGCCACCGAGCCUAAGGUAGCUUGGCGAGAUCAGGAUCCAGAGCUGGGCAUAGCUCCCACAGAUGCCGCCGUACUAGAAGGCUCUUCAAUGGCGCCAUCGGCAGUGACAGCAACAGAAGACGUGACCAAAAUGAGUUGCUGCAAACGGUUUUGGCUGAUGCUGUUUUGCUGUCGAAAGAAACCGAGACAAGCAGCCGAUGCGCGCCGACAAAGUAUUGUAGCACCACCAACAAGUGAGGAAACGCGUCGCAAACUACAUAAUGACCUGGUGGAGUAUACGUCGAAGAUGAAGGCUGCCAUACCGGUGCUACCGCUUUACCUAGCCUGGUUUUGCGCUUUCUGUAACGUUGUAUUCCCUGGCUUAGGGACUCUACUCUCUGGUCUAUUCUGCCUUUGCGUUGGCAUUCCACGUUUCUCGCAGUUCGACAGCGCGCGCGCACGCAUUGGAUCCUUUAUCAUUAAUAUUAUUGUGGCUGUCUCUCAGUUUUUCUGUGUGCUCUUCUGCUUUGUGGGCUGGGGCUGGUCCAUUUGGUGGGGCACCAUCAUGUUAAAGUGUGCAAAGAAACUGAGCAAGAUCAAAAAGGUGGAACGGUUAGAGUUGGAGGAAGAACAGCGUCAGGCCGAUAUAGCGGCCGCUGCGGUGCGAGCCGAGGCAGAGGCGGCAAAGACAUAAACGUCUCUAAAUAUACAAUGGAUCCGAUAAGGAUGCAAAUAAAAAAGAAAGCUUCCACAUAUUGCAUACCCAUACACUUCCAAUCAAACUUCCAAUACAAAGUGAGAUGGCAGUGGACAAUCCAAUUGGAAACAACCAUACCAAUCGAGUCAAUCUUCCAAGACAUAUUUAGAUGGCAACGUAUAGUCCAAUUGGAUCCAAUCAAAAUGUUUUUUAACUUCCAAGACAAAAUAUAGGCAAUCCAAAUGGAAAUAAAUAAAAGAUCAAGGCAAACUUCCAUUUUAAAAUGGCAUAAAUCCGGAGAAGAAAAACAGAAAUUCAUUUCCACAUGUACAUAUACAUAUAUACAUGCAUACAUAUAUGCAUAAAUAAAAAUUUAUAUAAACUUUUGCAAAUAAGUGACCUUACAUGUAGACCAAUAACAAAUUGGGAUUAAUAAAAAAUAAUUUUAUUACUAAUAAAAAUGAA